AUCGUCUCUAGAAAGGUGUACUUGACCCUAACCAUAUAUCUAUUGUUUAUGCUCAUUUCUUGACAUAUAACUGUAUUUCACGACUAUUUUGUUUGGAUUUGUGUUUUGAACAUUCAGUUGAAACUUAUGAUUGUCUGGUCUUAUUUUGAACACUUCUUUUUGUUGAAAAUUUUGUAUAAUAUUGAAAUUUCUGGGUUUUAGGGGAUAGAGUCUGACUUGUGAAAGUUAGGUUUUGAGGGUCAUUGAAUAUUUGCAAAUUUCAAGGUUGAGCAAAGACUAAGGUAGUUAAAAUGUUGGUUGGAUUUUCGGUUUCUGUUCACGAGAAAAUAUAGGUGUUUUUUUCACAAGAAAGGUGACAAAAAAGUGUAGGAAGAAGUUCAGAUUCUCAACUGCUUCAUUGAUUGAUGAGCUUUUAAUACAGCUCAAUAAUAGUUGUUCCUCUCAGUUUUUGGGUAGUAAGUAGAAAGUUCUGUUUGGGGUUAUGAGAGACACAGAGUUUUGUCUUCUUGUUUCUUCCAAUUUGUGUUCCCUUUCGUGUGUUUGAAAUGAAUCCUUCUGCAGCAGCCGGGGAUCCGAGAGCAAUUGUCGAGAUUACCAAGGACAAGAAUGGAAUUGAUCAGGUUGUGCUUCGAAAUCCACGGGGUGCUUCGGUGCAGGUUAGCUUGCAUGGAGGGCAAGUUCUUUCAUGGAAGACUGACCGGGGAGAAGAGUUAUUAUUCACAAGUAGUAAGGCAAUCUUCAAGCCACCAGCAGCUGUGAGAGGAGGAAUUCCUAUUUGUUUUCCUCAGUUCGGAAACCGUGGGUCACUAGAGCAACAUGGGUUCGCCAGGAACAAGAUCUGGGUCAUUGAUGAUAAUCCUCCUCCUCUGCACCCAAAUGAUUCCGGUGGCAAAGCUUAUACUGACUUGCUACUAAAAUCAUCUGAAGAAGACCUGAAGGCCUGGCCUCAUAGGUUUGAAUUUCGUCUCAGGGUGUCUCUGUCAGCCGAUGGUUAUCUCACCAUGAUAUCUCGCAUUAGGAAUAUCAACUGCAAGCCAUUUAGUUUCUCAAUUGCAUAUCAUACCUACUUCGCUGUUUCUGAUAUCAGUGAGGUCAGAGUAGAGGGGCUGGAGACUCUUGACUACCUUGACAACCUAUGCCAGAAAGAGCGCUUUACAGAACAAGGAGAUGCCUUAACAUUUGAAUCUGAGGUGGAUCGCAUUUAUCUUAGUUCUUCAGAUGUAAUUGGAGUUUUUGACCACGAGAAAAAGCGGACCUUUGUGAUACGGAAGGAAGGACUACCAGACGUAGUGGUCUGGAAUCCGUGGGAGAGGAAAUCCAAAUCCCUGAUAGAUUUCGGGGAUGAAGAGUACAAGCAGAUGCUUUGCGUUGAUGGGGCAGCAAUUGAGAAGCCGAUCACCUUGAAGCCAGGCGAGGAAUGGACAGGUAGGCUGGAGCUGUCUGUCGUGCCUACACUUUAGUGAAGCAAUCAUCUUUAUCCCCUUCAAGUGAGAGGGAUAUGAGGAUUGAAGUGCCUACCAAUACUAAUAAACCACUGGAUAUUGCAAUAUACUAGCGGCAAUAUCAAUAUCAUUAUGUCGAACCAUAUUCGAAGUGCAGAAAUGAAUAAAAAUAUGGUCACUUUGUAGUUUACUUGACCCCGAUGAUUGAAAUAUAUUCAGUGGAAGUGGAGAUCUAUGUAAUUUUUUAUUUAUUUUAUUUCUACUGUUGAAUUUGGGAAAAGCGUUCCAAUGUAUUUUAAGCACUGUAAUCUAAAGUGUACAAAGAUGAUAUUAACUCCCAAAAUUGUACAUGGUUUAUUUGAUACAUCAAAAUAUAAAUGUAAGGAUUUCUGGUGUAUUUCUCUGA